AUGUUGUCUGUAGCUCUCCUGCUGCUGCUGGCUGCUGGAUCCUGUGUGAAAUGUGUCACGUUGACACAGCCAGCGUCUCUGACUGUCCGGCCAGGUCAAACUCUGACCAUCACCUGUCAGGUCUCUUAUUCUGUUGACAGCUAUUACACAGGUUGGAUCAGACAGCCUGCAGGGAAAACACUGGAGUGGAUUGGAUAUGUUAUUGGUAGCAGCACAUACUACAAAGAUUCACUGAAAAACAAGUUCAGUAUGUCCUCAGCCUCUACCAGCAACACAGUGACUCUAACUGGACAGAAUCUGCAGCCUGAAGACACUGCUGUGUAUUAUUGUGCCAGAGACUAUUACGGUGCUUUUGACUACUGGGGAAAGGGAACAACGGUCACCGUCUCCUCAGACACACCAAAGGCCCCUACUGUGUUUCCUCUGAUACAAUGUGGUUCUGAGACCGGAGACGUGGUGACUGUUGGCGUUCUCGCCACCGGCUUCACGCCCGCCUCACUGACCUUCAGUUAUGCCACUGACAGCGGGACGAACCUGGCCGACUCUGUUCAGUACCCUGCAGUUCAGAAGGACAGCUUCUAUUCAGCGGUCAGUCAGAUCCAAGUGAAGAGAUCAGACUGGGAACAAAACGUUAGCUGUACCGUGGACCAUCCAGCAGGAUCAAAAACCGUCCCCCUUAGACCACCACCACCACAGGUGAUCUCUCCAAACAUCACACUCUACUCUGUCUGGGAAGGCAAGUUUGGGAGCUCACCAGUCACACUCAUCUGCACCCUGAGUGGCUUCUAUCCAGACCAGCUUACUGUAAAAUGGCAACUGGGCAACGAUACUGUCGAGGCUUUACCAGUCGAAAAGAAGCUGCAAAGUGUGGAUGGAGGGGAGAAAACCUUCAGUCUGACCAGUCAGAUUAAGCUUGAUAUGAAGGAGUGGGCAAAAGGCUCAGAUGUCACAUGCAAGUCCCACCAUGCCAAAAACGAAUUCACAAGAUCCAUUAAUAUUUGUUCAAUUCAUUCGUCCUCGCCUCCCUCCAUUCAUCUGGAGAUCCCCAGCUUCAAGACAGUCAUGAUGGCAGAGUUUGUGGUCACUGCCACAUGUCUGGUCCAUACUGACUUGGAUGCCAAAGUGACCUGGCUGCUAAAUGAUACAGUCUUUAGCAAUCGUCCAGCGAAUCAGGACAGAAACACAACUCAUAUCAUCAGCAGUCUGACGGUUCCCUUAACUGACUGGAAAAACCUCAGUAAAGUACAAUGUAGAGCUGAACAUCGCUGCUUCCAACUCGCUGAAAACACCAUCAUUCUUACAGGGCCUGCAGCUGCAGCUCCAUCAGUGCUGAUCAGGAGAUCUCUGUCAGAUUUGCUCAAGAGAAACAGUGCUGUGCUGGAGUGUGACGUCACACAACUCUCCCCCAGCGACCUCUACAUCACAUUUCAGGCCAACGGCGCUGACAUCUCUGGGAAACUGUAUGUUGAAUUUCCGAAAGCAACAGGCCUCCACUCAGUCACAAAACAGUUCUCUGUCCCUCCACAUUACCAAAAAAAAGACACAACAUUCACCUGCAAAGUGAGCCAAGGUUUCUCCAACCAAUGGGAGUCAAAGUCCACUGAGAAUAUUUUUGGUGACCCAUCAGUGGAGCUCCUUUUAGCCCCAAGUGAAGAGUCGGGAACACAGAAACUCUUAUGCUCUGGACGGGGCUUCAACCCUCAAAUUAAAUGGCUUUCUGGGUCUCAGCACAGACCCGCAGCCUCUCAGGACAUCAGGAUGGGUGCAGAUGGACGUGUGGAAGUAACCAGUCAUCUCCAUGUCCCUCAAACAGAGUGGAAAACAGGGGAGACCAUCACUUGUGAAGUGUCUGACCAGUCUGUAAGCAGUACAGUCAAGAAGAACAUCAACCUUUGUUCAGUUCAUUCAUCCUCGCCUCCCUCCAUUCAUCUGGAGAUUCCCAGCUUCAAGACAGUCAUAAUGGCAAAGUCUGUGGUCACUGCCACGUGUCUGGUCCAUAGUGACUUGGAUGCCAAAGUGACCUGGCUGCUAAAUGAUACAGUCUUUAGCAAUCGUCCAGCGAAUCAGGACAGAAACACAACUCAUAUCAUCAGCAAUCUGACAAUUCCCUUAACUGACUGGAAAAACCUCAAUAAAGUACAAUGUAGAGCUGAACAUCGCUGCUUCCCACUCACUGAAAACACCAUCAUUCUUACAGGGCCUGCAGCUGCAGCUCCAUCAGUGCUGAUCAGGAGAUCUCUGUCAGAUUUGCUCAAGAGAAACAGUGCUGUGCUGGAGUGUGACGUCACACAACUCUCCUCCAGCGACCUCUACAUCACAUUUCAGGCCAAGGGCGCUGACAUCUCUGAGAAAAUGUAUAUUGAAUUUCCGAAAGCAACAGGCCUCCACUCAGUCACAAAACAGUUCUCUGUCCCUCCACAUUACCAAAAAAAAGACACAACAUUCACCUGCAAAGUGAGCCAAGGUUUCUCCAACCAAUGGGAGUCAAAGUCCACUGAGAAUAUUUUUGGUGACCCAUCAGUGGAGCUCCUUUUAGCCCCAAGUGAAGAGUCGGGAACACAGAAACUCUUAUGCUCUGGACGGGGCUUCAACCCUCAAAUCAAAUGGCUUUCUGGGUCUCAGCACAGACCCGCAGCCUCUCAGGACAUCAGGAUGGGUGCAGAUGGACGUGUGGAAGUAACCAGUCAUCUCCAUGUCCCUCAAACAGAGUGGAAAACAGGGGAGGACAUCACUUGUGAAGUGUCUGACCAGUCUGUAAACAGUACAGUCAAGAAGAACAUCAGCCUUUGUUCAGUGACUUCAGCAUCAUCUCAGACAGUUGGUGUGUAUGUUCAGGGCCCACCUCUUCAGCAGCUGCAGAAAAAUGAUCAUGUGACGAUCACCUGUCUCCUGGUUGGUUUAAAUCUUGAGGACUUCUCCAUUACUUGGAAAGUAGGUGAUGGAGAGGUGUUGGACAAUGUGGCCAAAGAACCACUACAGCGUCACAGCAAUGGGACUGUAACUUGGCAGAGCUCCCUGAAUGUAUCAUCACAGGUCUGGAAUUCAUAUACACAAGUGUCUUGUAAGGGAAAGCACCGAUGUUUCGACCAGGGCUACGAGGACCAUAUAAGCAAAAGCAGAGAUCUAAAUCAACCAACUGUGAAGCUAAUACAGCCAAGUGACGCUGAACUGUCAGAGUCAAACACCACCACACUUGUCUGUCUCGUCUCUGGGUUCUCCCCACCUAACAUCAUAGUGUACUGGGAGAAGGAUGGCCACAAGCUGCCAUCAUCUCACUACACCAACAGCCCUGCUUGGAAAGAGCCAGGGAGCAGCACUUAUUCCCUGAGCAGCUCACUGAACACGUCCCCAACAGAGCGGGACCAGAAACCCACUUAUUCUUGUGUCGUGAUACACGAGUCAUCUGAAAAGCCACUGAAAAACACCAUAGAGGAAGUGUUUGCUUCGGUGAGCCUCUCCCGACCUUCAGCCACCUUGCUGCAAGGUUCUGGUGAGCUUGUGUGCCUGGUGACUGAUUUCAGCCCUGCAUCCAUUAACAUCACCUGGCUUCUUGAUGACACCACUGAGCUGUGGGACUACAACACCAGUGAGGCCCACAGAGGCCCAAAAGGGAAAUUCAGCAUCCAAAGCCGCCUUCGUCUGUCCCCAGUCAACUGGCAACGUGGGGCAGUCUACACCUGCAGGGUGACACAUUCAAACAUCACCUUAGCCCUGAAUAUCACCAAACCAGUCCCUGUUAUAGAGGUCCUGGAUGAAGGCAUGUUCUUUUACGACAUCGUACAUGAUGUUGUCACUGAAGACUUGAGCCAGGGCAGCUGGUAUAUGGCUGUCACCUUCCUCCUCCUGUUGUUAAUCUCCCUCAUCUAUAGCAUGUUGGUGACCCUCAUUAAGAUUAAAUGAUCAUGACCCGUGGAAACAUCCCAUCUCAUGACCCAAAUGUUUUCUCUGUUUUAUAUGGUUUGUUUGUCCUGUCAUAAUUUCCCUGUAGGAUACUCAGCUCUGUAUUUGAUGUGGCAUGUUCGUGUUGGUGGGCUGUUCUUACAGGUUGGAAAAAUAAAACUUCAGAUGUUGAGAGCAAA